AUGACAUCUGAAGAGCUCCAACGACGGGAGGAAGAGGAGGACCGCCGUCGUGCAGACGCAGAUGGAGCAGCAGCAGCAAAAGCAGCCACUCACGGCUGGGGCACAGGCACAACAACAUGGGGAGCAGGAAGCAGCACACCAGCAGGAACAUGUGGAACACCCACAGUUGAAGAGGAGGAACCGAUCGAGGAAGUCAUUGCUCAUGUUGAGAGAGAACCAGAAGAAGCAGCGGCUGGGCCUUAUAGUCGCUACCCACACAGCCCACUACCAACUGAAUCUACCCCCAUAGGCCCCCAUGAUCCCACCACCGCUGACCCUUCUACCAUCCAAGGUCUGCCACCACACCACGUCCAACGCCCCAACCUCACAGAAGGCACCGCUGACACAGAUGACACCACAGCUCCGCUUGCUGCCCUCACCACAGUAUCCCCAGACCCAUAG